GCCUUAGCGGUACCAAAACAAGCUGUGGCAGGUUUCUUAAUCAAUUCAAGAUCGCCAAUCUCGAUUUCAGUCCCGACAAGACUGUCUCAAUCAAGUCAUCGCUCGACUUCAUGGGCGGGGGAUAUUCCUGUUUAGUGGUGUCUAAAAGCCUCUCGAGGGAUUAUCAAUGGCCAAAGCAAACAAUAACACAGCUGAAAACCAGGUUUAUCCUUUCAUGCUAUAACGAAUUCGAGCAGACCUACAUUAACCUCUGUCGCAGUAUCGGGUCGACUUUUGACAGAUUGACGGGCCGUUUGCACUCAAUAUGCCAAUGCCUGCCAAAUCAGUAAGUGCCCAGAGUUCGGAUAUUCUGGGACCUUGAACUUGGACAACCCGGCCAGGAAGACAUGGCCCAAGUGCGCUGUACAAUAUCUUUAUCGUCGAUCCACGACCUUAAUUCCCGAUCCUCCCUCCUGGCACCGUCUCAAGAUUCAACGUCAUUCUUGGCCGUGACCGUCUUUCUCUUAUUAAAACAUCGUCAUCGCACUGGAGUCGAGUUGGUAUACGGAUAGUGGUCAGAAUAAUUAACUGCGCAAUCGGGUAUUAACCGUCCCUUUAGGCCCAGUUUACGGUACGCACACUGCCGCUUGUCGAAGCCGAGCCUCAUCGUAGGCCAUUGCGCAUGCCCAAUGAAGAUGGCUAUCGAAGAACUUGCAUUCCCUUGCAUUGCGGCCCGUGGGUAAGCAGACUCGGAAGAGCCAAGAGCAGUGGCUUCGCAAGCUUUGAGUUCUCUCAAUAGUCCACCUCUAGCUGCCACUUACCAGCCAUCAAAGGCCGAGAUGCCACGGCGUAGGCUAGUAGCUAUACGGAUACCUCACAGUAUCAUCUCGCCUUAGCUUUUAUUGUUUACUUGAUUGACAUCUCCCCAGAGACGAAUGACACUGCAGAAGCCGGGUUCCACGUUGUGGUGAGCUGCAGCCAAAACCCCAUAAUUUAGCAGAGACGCCCCCAGCGACCCAAUCGCUUCGCAUCAGUCGGUUAGUCCGCUGCUCGUCAGCUCUCCAGCUCGUCUGAGGAUCCAUUACCACCUCCUAAUGUGGGAUGGACUCACGGCUUAGACUCCACCACGUCACCCCUCCUCAAAGCCCUCCCGACGCUACCAGAGGCUCACCAUCCCUGAGCCUUACCAGACUUCAACGCGAAAGCGUCUCCUGACCGUCGAAUGAGGGGUAAUCGCGACGAUAAGUUCCCUCACCAAUGUGAUGGUGUGAUGGCGCGUGCAGAAUUCUGUUAGAGAAUUGACAUGGGCACAGAGAGUCGCGAGUGCUCGCUACGGCGCAGUUGCAAUUACCAUGCUCCCAGUUCCAACGUCGUGGGGUAAUAAAGGAUGAUAAUUGGCACCCGCUUUCCAAAGUAAACAAAUAGGAAACGUGUCGCGUCUUCUUUUUCUUCUUUUUCUAUGGGUCUAACGCGCCGUCACGUGUAUUUUUGCUAGCAACUCUACUUCUGGCUUUCUUUCGCUUCAUGAACGGACAGAUGAGGUGGACAUCCGAUACUCCCGACCACUUUGUAGAUUCCCCCAGAUCUUGCUAACAAUCUAGACAACCCAACUUACUCCUCAGCUUUGAAUCGUUCCUAGCUUCGAAAUGGCCUCACCAUUGACGGACGCCAAACUUAGCCAAUCUCUCCAAUCUAUUGUUGAUAAGGAUGAGAUUCAUCACAAGAUCCGCCAUCUGGUCCAAUCUGUUUAUCACCCAGAUGCUAUCGGCAAUCAUGGCUCGUUUAAGGGACCUGCGAAGGACUUCUACGAUAUAAUGACUGCUGCUGAUUCGACACGUGCUGUGCAUCAUCAGAUCGGCCAGUCUUUGAUCGAACUUGGACCAGAUGGCACAACUGCAAGUGCUGAGACAUACUGCACCGCCACAACAGUCAACGAGGCCGAUGGCCAAGAGACCUCGAUUACUUUCUUGGUCCGAUACGUAGACCAAUUCGAGAAGAGGGACGGAUCAUGGAAGAUCUCGCACCGUUUUGUUGCCUUUGAUGCCGUCUCAGACAAGGCUAUUAUGCAAUACUUGCCGAAAGCCAACCUAGGCACUCGAGAUGAGGAAGACUAUUCUAGGAAGGUAUUAAAAGACUGA